CAAGUGAAAUAAAUUCAGUAUCCCAGCAGCCGCAUCAAAGCAUUCUCCAAGCGACAUCAGUAAGCGUGCGAUUUGUGUCAAACGGUUAGCUAAGACUUGAGAGAAUUCUGAUUCCACACAAUCACUUGCGGUUACUUACUUGGCUGCUAUUCCUGAAGAGCUCAUUCAUCAUCAUCUCCAUCCGUGUCGUCGCCCAUUCAGUCAAACCCCUUUUGGACAAGGAAGUUUUAACCACAAGUGUUUUCUUUUCGGUGGUACUUGAAAUAUUUUAAUAUGUUCAAAUCAAUGUCAGCGUGUGUGCUUGUUUGUUGUCUAUUCCAAUUGAGUUGGGCAGUGGAGCGGCAAUUGGAAAUAUUCUCGUUUAGUGCUCCAGAUGAAUACACUAAUGAAGUCAAUUCCGCCUUAGGUCAACAAAUCGCCUCCGCCUCUAAGCAACAUCAUCAAGUGAUAUUCAUAAAGAAUCCCGAUACCAAUUCCGGCCUUUCAAGAUUGGCUCAAAAUUUGGUUCAGUCUGCUUCCAAUCAAAAGACUCACAUAUAUGUGCUCAACAAAGAACCCAAUGUCGGAAAGCUGGCACAACAAUUCCAACACGUUGCGCAAAGUAGCAAUAGCCCGCCUCAAGUGAAGUUUGUAAAAUAUCGCCAGCCUGGAGAAGCUCGCCACAUUCAAGGUCAAAUCGUGCGACAAUACGGUGGCAAUCCACAAUCGGUUUUAGACAAUAAUGAACGUUGCCAACAGCAACAACAACAGCAGCAACACUCAAAGUCCCACCAACAGCAGCAGCAAUAUCAGCCAACCAUAUGUCAAGUGAUCGACAACAAUUUUAAAAGCGGUGGAGGAGGGAAGGAGGGUUUGGCAGUGGACUAUAGUUAG